AUGAAUUGUAGAAUAGGCUCAGGUAUCAAUCUAUGUACUCCCUUUCACUUUAUAAACUAUCCAAAAACACCACAAUAUAUGAAGGAGUUUGUGAUAAAAGUGAAUUCAAUACCAGCAGGUGUGCAAGUUGCCAUCAUUGUAUAUGAUGGAUUUCUAGAAGGAAUGCAAGACAUCCUUCUUCCAGCCUUUCAAUCUCUUGGCUCAACUAGGUUUCAAGAAGCUCAACACUUUCAAAAAUAUUGUAUGAUUGGUUGGAAGCUAUAUGCAGCAGUAGAAUCUCUUGGAGCCAUUAAUUUAUCAAGAGUUUGA